GUGGAGGGCUUUCAGGCGUUCAGCUACGUAGAUAACAUGGCUACAGUUCUGUGCAGAGUCCAGUUUCUUGACGAUACUGACCCAUUUAACAGUACAAACUUUCCCGAACCUACUCGACCGCCAGUGUACUCUUUUAGAAAUGAUAUUCCACUCAUUAACCAGAUUGCGGGAGUGCAUCGCCUGCUUAAAGCGCCACAUAAGAUUGAUGACUGCACACUUCAACUGUCACACAGUAGUGUUUAUUUGGAUUUAGAGUCGACCUUAGAAGAGCAAAGCAGUGAAUUUGAAGGAUUUCAAGAGGACUCUGGGAGAGGCAAGAAAAAUAGUAUAAUACUCAGGACCAAACUCUCAGUUAGAGUCCACACAUGUAUUGAGAAACUGUAUAAUUCUGAUGGAAGAGAAUUAAGGAGGGCACUAUUUUCGCUGAAGCAAAUAUUUCAGGAUGACAAGGAUUUGGUUCAAGAAUUUAUCGUUUCACAUGGCCUGUCAUGCUUAUUAAAGAUUGGAGAAGAGUCGGAUCAGAAUUAUCAAAACUACAUCUUGAGAGCAUUGGGACAAAUUAUGCUAUAUGUGGAUGGAAUGAAUGGAAUCAUUAACCAUAAUGAGACAGUCCAGUGGCUAUACACUCUUAUUGGAGCAAAGUUUCGAUUGGUAGUAAAAACAUCUUUGAAAUUACUUUUGGUGUUUGUGGAAUAUGCUGAAAGCAACUGUCUUCUCUUAGCUCAGGCCGUAGUUACUUCUGAUGCGAGAAGAGGUGUCAAACCAUGGUCCAGUGCUAUGGAAAUUCUCCAAGAAAAAGAUGGUGUUGAUAGUGAACUUCUUGUAUUUGUUAUGACAUUAAUAAACAAGACACUUGAAGGUUUGCCUGACCAAGAUUCUUUCUAUGACAUGUCGGACUACCUGGAAGAACUUGGUAUGGAAGCUAUAGCUAAGAGAUACUUGAACAAGAAAGGAACUGAUUUAGAUUUAGUGGAGCAAUUCAAAAUUUAUGAGAUGACUUUAAAACAUGAAGAUGGUGAUGGAAAUGAUCAUCAAUUUCUCAAAGUUCAAAAAGACAGAAGAAGGUCUAGCCUAGGCUCACACACUCAUGAAGGCUAUGUUCAGAGGAAAAGUCGAAGGCAUUCACUUCAGAAUAUGAAAUUCACUACACCAACUAGCAAUUGUUCAUUAUCUGCGUUAACAUCUUCACAUGGACAGAACAAAGACUAUUUUGGUGAAAGGUCAUCUUUAGGUGGUCUACUCACUUCAUCUUACCGUCAGCACAAAGAAUCCUUGGCAGCAGAAAGAGAGAGACGGCGUUGGGAAAGAGAGCAAAGGUUGCAAAAGAUAGAACGGGAAGAAAGAAACAAAUUUAAUCAAGAUUAUUUGGACAAAAGAGAAGAACAAAGGCAAGCAAGGGAAGAAAGAUACAAAAAUAUGGAAAAAAUAGCAGCUGAAGAAUUUGCUCAAGAAAUAAAAAAAAGGACCAAACAUUUUUCGGACGACGCUUCCCAUUCUAAAAUAAAUUCCCGUGACUGUUACAGUGAGUUGGAAAAGCAUGCUCUUCUUGCAAGCACUCAAAGUUCUGACGAAGGAAAAGAGUAUUUUAUGGAAAAUAACCAGCUUGCGACUGACCUGGAAGAAAAACAAGAAUUUCAUGUUGCAGAAAAAAUAGUGUAUAUUGAAUAUCCAAAGGAAGACAUUUUUCUAAGUGAGAAAGAAAAGCAGAACGAAGAAUCUAAUGAGAAAGACAACUGUUCGUCAUCUAGUAUUUCAUCUGAACAAGGAAUUUCAAAAAGAGAAGAAAAUAAUUAUCAGGCCAUUGAAAAUAAAACAGGUACUUUUGCCCAUUGUACUUACAAUGAAGAGGAAGAUGUGCACUCAACUAGGCGGUGUGAUCCCAGUGAUGAAUGUGCAGAAGAAGACGGUGAGGAUGAGGAAAAAAUAUUUGAAGAUAAUUGCAUUGUGAACAAAAGAAGAUCCAUCUUUCAAGAUGAGUUGAAGGCAAUAAUGGAAAAUAACAAUGAAACAAUAAAUAGCCAAAGUCAUAAAGAAACAGUCAAAGAAUAUUUAAAUACUGGGGAGUUUAUUUGCACAAAUGACUCUGCAGGAAAUACACGUGAAACUAUUGGAGAUACACUGGGGCAGACAAGAAAAGAAUUUGACUAUAUAUGGGACCAGUUAAUAGUUAGCCCAAAAGAACUUAAAAUUAAAGAUAUGGAUUUUACAGACCUUGAGGAUGUUGAUGACAUUGAUGUUUUAAACAUGGAGCUAUAUUCAAGUCAGUCACCUAAAGGUUGUCCACCAGCAGCACCCCCACCAUUAAACUGCUUUGGUUUACUACCCCCACCUCCCCCACCUAUUUCAGGGUGUUUCAGUAUAGUACCAUCAAGUGUGCUUCCUCCUGCAUUGCCAUCAUGUUAUAAUCAAGGUUUCAUAUCUCCAAAGCUUUCAAGAAAUGAAUCGUUUUUUGUAAAGAAAAAAAAAACAAUUCGCCUUUUUUGGAAUGAGGUUCGACUUUUUGAAGCACAAACCUCACAACACAGUCGGUACAAAAAUUCUAUAUGGUCUACUCUACAACCCAUAAAACUGGAUACCGCAAAACUUGAGCACCUUUUUGAAUCUAGAUCCAAAGAAAUCUCUUCCUCCAAGAAAAUUGCUGCUGAUGGAAAAAGACAGGAGAUCACUGUAUUGGAUUCCAAAAGAAGUAAUGCAAUAAAUAUCGGACUUACUGUUUUACCUCCACCAAGGACUAUUAAGAUGGCAAUUUUGAAUUUUGAUGAAUAUGCAUUAAAUAAAGAGGGAAUUGAUAAAAUAUUGACAAUGAUGCCAACAGAGGAGGAGAAACAGAAAAUAGAAGAAGCCCAGUUAGCAAAUCCUGAUAUUCCAUUGGGCAAUGCAGAACAAUUUCUUCUGACUUUAUCAUCCAUAAGUGAGGUGUCAGCGAGGCUUCAACUGUGGGCUUUCAAAAUGGACUUUGAGCUAGUAGAAAAGGAAAUAGCUUUGGCAUUGUUUGAUCUAAAAGAGGGAAUGGAACAGCUGGAGAACAACAAGACAUUGGGAUACAUUUUAUCUACUUUGCUUGCCAUUGGAAAUUACCUGAACGGUACAAACGCUAAAGCUUUUGAUCUCAGUUAUCUUGAAAAGGUUCCAGAAGUGAAGGAUACGGUCCAGAAACAAUCAUUAUUACAUCAUUUGUGUGCUGUAGUGGUGGAACAAUUCCCAGACAGCACAGACCUUUAUUCAGAGAUCAGUGCAAUCACAAGGUGUGCCAAGGUUGACUUUGAUCAGCUUCAGGACAAUCUCUUUAAUUUAGAGAGGCGGUGCAAAGCUUCAUGGGACUACUUGAAAAUUAUCUCAAAACAUGAAAUAAAGCCAAGCUCAAAACAGAAGAUGUCGGAUUUUUUAAAAGAUUGUAUAAAAAGAAUAGUCAUUCUAAAAAUUGUUCAUAGAAGAAUAAAUAACAGGUUCCACUCUUUUCUCUUGUUUAUGGGACACCCAUCACGAGCAAUCGGUGAGGUUAAUAUGAACAAAUUCUGCAAAAUUAUUUCAGAGUUUGCAUUAGAAUACCGCACUUCAAGGGAAAGGAUUUUACAGCAAAAACAGAAAUGGCAGAGCCUUAGAGAACGAAACAAGACUAGAGGAAAAAUUAUUACAGAUCAGACUGAUGAAGAAGAUGAAGUAGAGAGUGGAGGGAUUUCAAAAAGUGCUAUCACAAAACAGAUUUGUAGUCUUCCACAUCUGCAAGUCUACGAAGGACUGCAGUUUGCUGAAGAUUCAGCAGAACAUGAGAACAUGAUAGCUAUGCUUAAAAUAUCAUCUACAGAUGUAGGAAGCACUGCAGCAUCAGGCACAAUAUCAAGAAACAAAAUUAAUAAAGGACAUCUUUGCUCAGAUGGUUUUAGCAACAAUGACGUAUCAAAUCAUGCAUACAAUUCUGCCGAUGAAAUUAUGGAUCAUAUAGUAAAGUCAGCUACCCAAGUUUUAAACCAACACAUGUUACCAAAAGAAAGAAAACGAUCAAGAGCAAACAGAAAGUCAUUAAGAAGAACACAGAAAAACAGACUGGGCCAAAGUGAAUCACUAAAUGAAAAUGCUGAUAGUUCAAUAAUGCAAGUCUAAACUUGAUAGUUUAAGUUUAUGAAGAAAACGGACAUCAAUGAUAAAGAACAUCUGACAUUUUGUUUAGUUUAUAUAGGUGCUGAAUUAGUUAUUUACUAAAUUUUGAAUUUGGUAACAAUUUAUGGAAACUAGUAUGUGCUAAAUAUUAAAAUUUUUAAGAGAAGUAUUAAUGCACUGCUGUAUUUUAUUUAAAUGCAAAUAAAUUGUGAAAGAAUACGUAUAUAUUAUUUAUGUUGAUCCUGUAAUAAAAACAGAUUUCAC